CCGGACCGGGGCCAGAGCGGAGUGGGCGGGGCCACUCAGCAGGUUGUUUGGAAGUGGCCCAAAUGUGCGGUCAGCUGACAGGGCUCGCUCGUGUCCAGAAGGCGGCUAACAGGAUGAGGCCAGGCAGGCACGUGGCAGAUUACAAAACGCGAGAAGAAGGUAAAGAGAUUAGACCCGAAACAGAAUCUGCUGUUUUAACCUCAUCACAGUUGCCGCUCUGACGGGAAGCGAGGCCAAACUUGAACCGGAAUUCCGAGCGUGUCCCACCCUGUCUUUCCUCUUCCACCCCCUCUCCGCUCCCUCUGCUCGUCCAUCCAUGCAGGCGCCUCUCCCGUCCACUGGGAUCCCGCCGAGGCACCCAGGAACUUGAACGGCACUGAUGAGGACACUUGUACACCUCUUGGACAUCCUGUAUACGACCUUGGAAAAUUAACCCGCCAUGCUUUUUAAAUUAGGACUUCUCUUCUUCAUUUGGUGUCCACUGGGCCUCCAAGCAAGUCAAACUAAAGACAUCCAGUACCAUGGUAUUUCUGGACUCCGGGAUGUGAGGUACCGAUACUUUUUAGAAGCUUCCCGAAUGACAAAAUAUAACAGUAACAAAGUGAGAGCCAGUGAGGAUGGACAUCGCAGGAAGAGGUCGACCAUUCUCACCACUGGUGUCAAAGUGUGUCCCCAUGAGACCAUGAAAGCUGUUAUCGGCAGCCAUCGAGCAUACUACAAGCUCCGAGUUUGUCAGGAAGCCAUUUGGGAGGCCUUUCGCAUUUUCCUGGACAGGGUGCCAAACACAGAGGAGUACCAAUCUUGGGUUUACACCUGCCAACAUGAAAACCUCUGUAUGGAUGACUUGGCUCAGAACUUCAGUAGUUCUCAGGAGCAUCUGGACAUGGUGGCCCGAAGAGUGGCUGAGCAGGCUGAACUUGAAGGUGUUGUAAUGGAAACACCAGAACCGGGGGUGGAAUGCGAGUUAAAAACAAGCACCUGGAACCCCCCAGUGAUUCUAAUUCCAACAGAAGAUAAUGUGAUCACAGAAGAGCCAGACAUGACAAAAGAGAACGACGGGGAGUACAUUGUGGAGUUUAACGCUACCAUUGUGGAGCCGUCGUACAUUGAGCUGCUGCAUGACCCCCAGGCGGCUGAUGCUGAUGACAUCACAGGAGAAAUAACCGACAAGAUGCUUCACGCCCUUAAAAAAAUUCCAGGAUUUAAGGAAAUUCGCAUGUUGGGAUUCAACUCAGAGGACGUGAUUCUGCAUUAUGCCGUCGUCUUUGAUGGAGACACCGAACUCAGCGAUGAGCCUGAGCCUCUAGAUGGCCAGACAAAUGUGGAUGCUCCGAAACUGAGGCAUAUGAUUAUGAAAGCUUUACAAAAGGAGCCAUCGCUUCCUCUGGACAUCCAGAAUCUAACCUUUGAAGCUGUAACCACAGCCUACCCAGAUGCAGCACUCAGCAUGUACACCACUGGGAGCGGGGAUGUCAUCAAGGUCAUAGAAGAGGACACCACCCCAAAGUUCUUCUACACAGUGGCAGCAACAGAAAGGACAUUUGAAAGUAUGAAAAUUCAACCUCAAACACACACUUUGGCGUCUUCCAUACUGACCACCCUCCCAGAAUCCACCUCUGCACCCCCAGUCGCCGAUGAGGUGCCAGUGGCAGCAGCAGUGGAGGAUGCAACUGGAGGUGAUCCUACAGCAGAGAUGAGUGAUGUCAUCACGCCAGCUACAACACCAGAGGCCAUCUUAGAAGAGGGACAAGAGGCAGGAAUCAGGGACGAAAGUGCAAUAGAAGUUAACAGUGGAGAACCUGAAGGGGGAGACACGGGAGAGAAUGAUUACGUAACUUCGUCACCACCAGUCCCCCAUCCUGAAAUAGUGAUCAUCGAUGAGGCUCACCUCUCUGGCACAGAAUCGCCAUUGUCGUUUCAUGAGGACGGUAUCAUAGGCAUGGAGUCAGAGUCAGACAUGCAGCCUAUACCGUCACUUGCAGACAAAGAAGAUGCCCCCAUCGAGGUUACCAAUGAAGUAACAAGUGUUGUCGCCACCAAAACCCCUAUCGACAUCUCUGGUGGAGCCAACAGCGACUCUUCCAAUGAGGUUCCCAUGGAAGUACUCAGCAAAAUCUUUAAUGAAGCUCCCAGCGAGGGCUCUAGCAAAAUUUCUAACGAAGUCUCGAGUGAAAUUCCCAGCGAAGUCCCCACAAAGUUCUUCCGCAAAAACCCUAGUGAUGCUCCCAGCGAUGCCCCCAUGGAAGUCCCCAGUGAUGUGCCCAAGAAGGUCUAUAAUGAUGCUUCCAGUGAUGUCACCACUAAUGUCGCCAGUGAAGUCUCCCAGGAGGUUCACAACACAGUCUCUGUUGAAACCCCUGGUGACUUAUUCACCGACACUCCCAGAGACGUCACCAACAAUGUGCCCAUUGAAUCCGCCACUGAUGGCCCCGGUAUUGUCCCCAGUGAAGCAUACAGCAAAGUCCCCAGUGGGGCCCCCGUCAGGCCCCAAGUUGACAUUCCUAACAAUGUCUUAACUGAAACUGCCAGCACGACGCACGACAAAGCUCCCAAUGAGGCCCACAGUGAAACUGCCAACGCAGUGCCCAGUGAAGCCCCCAGCAUUGUCCUCACUGAAGCUCCCGGUGAGGCCAACAGUGAAGCUGCCAACGCAGUGCCCAGUGAAGCCCCCAGCAUUGUCCUCACUGAAGCUCCCGGUGAGGCCAACAGUGAAGCUGCCAACGCAGUGCCCAGUGAAGCCCCCAGCGUUGCCCUCACUGAAGUCCCCAGUGAUAUCUCCAAUGAAGGCUCUGUCGAAGCCCCCAGUGAGGUUCCCAACCCAGUCCCCACAGAACCCCUCAGCAUUGUCUCCAGUGAAUUAUCCAGUGAGACCCCUGGUGAACCCUCGAACGCAGUCCCCAGUGAAAGCGAUGGAAUUGAUUCGAGUGGAGGACACAGCGGAGUGAUCCCAGCCUUGGCGGACCCUCCUUCAGAAAACUCCAACAUCCAGGAGGAUGUGGAGCCGAGACAGGGCGGGCCUGAAAUGACAGAGCCUUUGGAAGAGGACAGCAGUAGUGUUAGAUACCCUUCAGAGGCUGACGAGCGGUCCACAGCCGCCCCAGCCUCAAGACAAGCCAACACUCCAGUGAUGGCCGCGGUGCAGCAGAGCAGAGAGUUAGUGGUUUUCUUUAGCUUGAGGGUGACGAACAUGAUGUUUUCUGACGACCUGUUCAACAAGACCUCCCCAGAAUAUAAAUCACUGGAGAACACCUUUCUCGAGCUGACUCAACACUCCGGGCCCAGAAAGCCGCCAAAUCCUGGAGCAUCCAGUAAAUCUGGGCCUAGGAGACAGACAACUUUAGCCUCCAUACCGCUUUUGCCCUACCUCGAGUCCAAUCUGACCGGAUUCAAGCAGCUAGAAAUCCUCAACUUUCGCAACGGCAGCGUGGUGGUGAACAGCAGGCUGAAGCUGGACAAGGAGGUGCCGUACAACGUGACCGAGGCCGUGCACUGCGUGCUCGAAGACUUCUGUAGCGCCGCGUCCAAGCGGCUCGACAUUGAGAUUGAUAGCCGCUCACUGGAAAUAGAACAAGCUGACGAAGCGGACCCAUGCAAGUUCCUGGACUGUAAUGAGUUUUCACGCUGCGUGGAGAACAGUUGGAACAACGAGGCUGAGUGUCUGUGCGACCCGGGCUACAGCGCUGUGGAUGGCCUUCCGUGUCAGAGCGCAUGCGACCUCCAGCCGGACUACUGCCUCAAUGGUGGCUUGUGUGAAAUCAUUCCUGGCCAUGGAGCCACAUGCAGAUGCCCUGUAGGCAAAUACUGGCACUACCAUGGCGAGCGCUGCAGCGAACUGGUAUCGCUACCACUCGACCCGUCGUUCAUUAUCACCUGCCUCGUGGGGAGCCUCUGCCUUGUUUGCGCCAUCAUCGGCAUUCUGGUGUUCCUUAACAAGAAGUGCACGACGACGAGGAAGGCAAUGACUUUGGUGCACAGCCUUGCUCCCUAUGCCUUUGAAAAUACUUUGAGGGUCAACCCAGUAUAUGAAAAUGAUGAUGGCAUCUUAAGCCAGGUGUCCACACUGCCAUGCCCCUCCAGUUCGGCUUCAUCCGGCUCUCAACAGUCUGAGCAGGAACUGUAUGCCCCAGUUGAAAACAUACAUCUCAGUAUUGAGAUCCCCAGACAACUCUACACCACAAGAUCUGAAAAGUUAGUAUCGGAGCUGGUGGACUUCCAUCAAUGCAUCCCGCACAAUGAGACGUGGCGACUGCCAAAUGAAUACAGAACGUGUUUUCUUCUGUGGACAUCCGACAGCGAAGGCGGUGAGGCCACCGUGGUGUGAUGGCGCGGCGGUGGCGUCAGGCAGCCUCAGUUGCCAUGGCAACAAACCGAGCAAAGGAUCUAUGCUUAUAUGGAUCUAUGAUGACCCCCCCCCCCCCCCCACACACACACACCGCUCGACCAAGCCCCUGUAGAGUGUUAGGUCAUGAAUUGUUCUUUGUGAUGACUGAGUCUUGCUAGACAGAGCGAUAUGGAUAUUCCAACAUGUGUGGAUUGACGUUGUCAUGUGGAAUCGAAUAUUUAUUACACAUUACAUAUGGUAGGAAAAUUGCUUGUUUGGCGGUUCUUUCCUCACAGUGAGGUAUUUAUUUACAAAGUGACGCACUUGGUGAUAUUUCACUUUAGAUGUUCUUUUUGUGCGCCAUUGUCAACCCAAAAAUAAGAGAAUGAAUGUAUUAGUUGAUAGCAAAAACAAAAAAAGGCUUAGGUGUCCUAUAAGUUCUUCAAAGCUACUCCAAGUCUGAUCAUUUCUUUGAAUUUUUUUUUGUACACAAUUUACUGUUAAAAUAAACUAUUUUUUUCAUUAAGUGUAUUUAGUUUUUUUUUUUGUUUUUUUGUGGCAGCUGAAAAGGUCAGAAUAUAUCUGAUCUCCAAUAAUUGACUGUGGGAUUCACCGUCAACUGAAUCAAAUAAAUGCCUUUUAUUUUUCCUUGUCAAGUAAAA